AUGCGGAGUCGAAAAUUCCAUCGAACGGAUGAGGAGCUUCAAGGGUACAAACAAAUGUACCAUAAGCUACACAACCUGGAAAAUUUUCCUUCGGUGCUGCCCGAGGCACGAGAUAUGCUGAUAUCUUUCUUUGCUGAGACUCUUGAUACCGCAACAAAAGCCCCGGAACGCGGCAUUCUUGGCCUCAAGAAGUUUGAUGUGGAGCAGCUCACGGCUUUCCUGAAGGCCAAGGAUGACAAUAUUACGCAGCGCUGGGAGAACUAUCUAGCUCGAAGGGCCCGCGGUGCGCCUCGGGAGCUCUUCAAGGAUCUUGAACAUGCCAAAUGGUUCCUCAGACAGAGUGCACCAAACAAAAUGGUUGAUGGUGCCUGGCUAGGGCAUGUCCACAACAUCACCACGCCGUUUGCACUUCGCCGAAUCACCAAAAAUGCCUGGCAGGUCUUUUCGGAAGAGGUUGGAGAUGGAGAUUUGACCAAGAAUCACGCGUACAUCUAUGCUUCACUCACGAAAGAGAUUGAAGCAGGCCUUCCGGAUGCAAGCAGUCAUGCUUUCGUAGAGCCCAGCCUUGGACUCAACGAAAUUGCGCCCUGGAAGGCAGGACUCUCGCAGCUAUUAAUCUCGCUUUUCCCGCACGAAUUUCUUCCUGAGAUUCUUGGUUUCAAUAUGCAUUUUGAAAUGCUCACGUGGGACACCAUGCGGGCGAUCAAAGAGUUGGAGGAACUGAAGCUGGAUUCCUACUAUUUCCUGCUACACAUUUCGAUUGAUAAUGCAGACAGUGGACACACGGCAAUGGCGAUGCAGGCUGUUAUUGACUUCCUCAAUCACGUGAAGAAGACGGAAGGCACUGCCGCAGCCCAUCAAGCAUGGAAACGUGUCCAGGCAGGAUUCAUUCUGUCAGAGAGUCUACCUAGCUCUCCGAGCAAUACUUUUGCCGAUGUGUUGCCUAAACGCCACCCAAACAAGCUGGAAGCAGAGGUCCUCAGAGCUUUCAAGACCAAAGCACCAGUCGCGCACAAGCUUCAUUGUGGCACGAGGGUUUCUAUCCAGCGCAGGUCCCUUGUGGACUGGCUUGAGCCCAAUGCGUUUGAAUCAGAGAUUCGCCAGAUGGAAUUCUUGGACGCGCUGAGUAAUUCGAAACCCUGGAUCUACAAAGGCCAUCCUGAGCGCAGCCGACUUAUUCAGUCUUUGGAAUGGGAAGGUAAAAUGUUCGGAUCUUUUACGCAGACUGAAGUCGAGGAUUUGAGGAAAUGGAUCGAGUCACUGGCCAGGCCGAUGCCGAAUGCAGAAAUCUACUGGUCCUUUACAAGGAGAACGGCCAUUAGUUCUGAAAUUGCUCUUAAGUGCAGGAGCAUUAGGGUUGCUUACCCAGUCAUUGGUCCUGCAACAGACUCACAUUUAUCCACACCUGGAAAGACACUCUCUGCAUCCGAGCUUACAUUCCAAGUGGCGUCGACCUCGAGACCUGCGCUGGACAAGCUUCUGCCACUUUGGUUUACCCAUACUUGUCUGCUCGAAGCGAUCGUCACUAUUCCUAUCAAGACAACGGACCAGUCUACCGCUGCAGUUCUUCGCGUGCUCCGUGCACAAUAUGGGUUUGCGCCCGAGGGCUCUGGAGUUGCAGGCAUGGACGAAGUGCGCCGGACUGAUAGUAUCGACCUUGUCCAACUGGGACUCGAAAUGAUAAAGGCUGCUGGCCUUCCUCAGCCGCAGUGUCUCAGCGAUGUUUUGUGUGGGCGCGAGUCAGGUUUUGCAGACGAAAUGCUGCACAUGUCGAUGCGGCCAAUGGAGAAUCGUGAGCUGCUCAUGGGAAUGUCCUUGGCUUUUGUGAAUUUGCAUGAGUCUCUUGCAACCUCUUCAUCGAUCAAUUUGCUUUCGAUGGAUAGCAAGGCCAUCUUGGCAGACAUGGCUGCUCGAGAGCGUGAAGGGCUUCGAUUUUGUCUAGAAGAAUUGAGAAGCAGUAACGCUCGCUAUGCAAGGUUCUGCCAGGGAUAUGAGAUGGGCAAGCAGGAGAUUGAAAGCUGCUUUUAG